ACAAGCCAAAAGAACCCAAAAUGAACUGGAGAGAUUGGAGGCACUGGAUAGUGGAUCCGUCUGGGGAGUUUUACUAUGGUUGGCUGCAGGUCAUGAUCUUCCCCAUCUUCUACAACUGGGUAAUCAUCAUCUGCAGGGCCUGCUUCUACUCCAUAGAGGAGAACUUCCUGGCCGCCUGGCUGACCCUGGACUACAUCUCUGACCUGUUCUACAUGACCGACAUGGCAGUGAGGGGACGCACAGCGUUCCUGGACCAGGGCAUCCUGGUGCACCAGGUGUCGCGCCUGCGCUCCAAGUACCUGCUCUCGCGCAGCUUCCUGCUGGACCUGGCCUCGGUGCUGCCCACCGACCUGCUCUACCUGCGCCUGGGCGUGCACGCGCCCCUCGUGCGCCUCAACCGGCUGCUCCGCACGCGCCGCCUCUCCGAGGCGCUGGACCGCAUGGAGACGCGCACGGCCUACCCCAACACCUUCCGCAUCGCCAAGCUCAUGCUCUACAUCUUCGUGCUCAUCCACUGGAACGCGUGCCUGUACUUUGCGCUGUCGCGCUACGUGGGCUUCGGCUCCGACCGCUGGGCGUACCCCAACAUCUCGCGGCCGGGCUUCGCCUCCAUGCAGCGCCAGUACUUCCACUGCUUCUGGUUCUCGGCGCAGAUCUUCACCACGGUGGGCGACACGCCGCUGCCGCGCCGCGAGGAGGAGUACCUGUUCAUGAUCGCCGACCUGCUCAUCGCCGUGCUGGUGUUCGCCUCCAUCGUGGGCAACGUGGGCAACGUCAUCCUGAGCCUGCGGAGCCGCGACAACGUCUUCUUCCCCAACCACGAGCUCGUCAAGAGCUACCUGGGCAGCCGGCGCAUCAGCAAGGACCUGCGCCAGCGCGUCAACAGCUGGUACCAGCAUCUGCACAUCAACAAGAAGAUCACGCGUGAGAACGAGAUCCUGGAGCUGCUGCCUGCCUCCCUCCGCACGGAGAUCGCCGUGAGCGUCCACCUGCCCACCAUGUCCAAGGUCACCAUCUUCCAGAACUGUGAGAAAAGCCUGCUGGCGGAGCUGGUGCUCAAACUCACCCCACAGGUGUACAGCCCAGGUGAGUACGUCUGCAGGAAGGGCGAUGUGGGUCACGAGAUGUACAUCAUUAAGGAGGGCAAGCUGGCCGUGGUGGCGGACGACGGGGUCACUCAGUACGCCGUGCUCGGGGACGGGCAGUUCUUUGGAGAGAUCAGCAUCCUCAACAUCAAAGGGAAUAAAUCUGGAAACCGGCGGACAGCAAACAUCCGCAGCAUCGGCCACUCAGACCUGUUCAGCCUGUCCAAGGAGGACCUGACGGCCACGCUGUCCGAGUUCCCCGCUGCCAAGCGCCACCUAGAGGAGAAGGGCCGUCAGAUCCUCACCAAGAUGGGCAUGCUGGAGGAGACCACUGAUGAUAGCAAUCAACCGGACCAGAUGGAGACCAGGGUGGAGCACCUGGGGGAGACGCUGGACACACUGCGCACUAAGCUGGCCCGGCUGAUGAUGGAGCUGGAGUCCAGCGUGCUCAAGAUGGAGACGCGGGUGGAGCAGCUGGAGAUGCAGACCGAGGGCUGGGGAGGGAUAGUGGCCGAGGGAGGAGAGGAGCAGGAGGAGGAGGAGGGGGAGAGGGAGAGGGAGGGAGGAGAUGGGGAAGGAGAAGGAGGAGAGGUGGAGGGGGAGAGAGGAGAGGGAGAUGGAGGAGAUGGGAUGGAGGAUGAAGGGGAGAAGAAGGAUGGGAAAAAGGAGGAGGAGGGUGUUAUGUGA